AUGUUGAUAGCAUCUGCAGGCUGCUAUGAUCUAAGAGACUUCCGACAAGGGAGCCCAGUGGAUGCCCCUUUCCUGACGCUCUUGGUGGCAAACCUCCUCCUGUGGGAGAGGAAGGGCUCUGCGCACCUGAAUGCUAGUGAGAGAGCCCUCAGUGAUGAUACCGUCAAGGACCUCUUUGAUUAUGCACCUUCUGACAACAUCACUAAGCUUGCCCUAGACUGCUGCAUGGAAUUUGUAUCAGAUUUGUACAAGAGUAAAUGGAAAUUGCUCAAGUUGUUGAAGAUGGAUGUUCCACAUCCAUUUUUCAGAACCCAGAAAAGAAGCCCUAAAGACCUCGCAGGGGCACUUCUGCUGCUGGUGUCCUGCCUCCUUUUAUGGAAGAAUGUGGCCUCUGUGCCUUUAAGUAGCAAUGAUACUGAUGAUUAUCAAGAACUCCUCAGCGAACUGUUUGAUCAUGCUCAGAAUAUGUCUCAGAAUAUUGGUGUCCUCAACUUGGAACUGCGCAGGGUUUAUACUGUUGGUGACUUCACUGAAAAAUUGUACCACAGAUAUGUGAAUGAGUUUAUUGAGGAUCAGGAGUUUAUAAUAAAGACUCUCACCUGCUGCCACAAAUAUUCCAUGAAAACUCCAGAAAACAUAGAUGAAGCUCAAGAGAUUUCUCUUGAGUACUUUCCAAAUCUGAUACUCAGUAGACUUCAAGCUUGGAAUAAGACUCUGCAGAAGCUACAGACCAUUCUUGGGAGUACUCCAGAUAUACCUAAUGAUGCACUAUCUUUAGCCAAAGACAUCAAAGGGAAAAUGUCAGAACUUUUUGAGGACAGCAAGAAUAUACUCAGCUCGAUUUAUGGAAGAACAGAAAAUGUGGAAUCCACUGACUAUUCUGGUCUUGAAGACUUAAACUCACCUCAUCAAGAGUCACGCUUUUUUGCCAUUUCUAAAUUUUCUUAUUGCUUACGUGUAGAUAUGCAUACAGUUGACAUUUAUCUCCAUCUCUUGAGGUGUGUGGUACUUGUUAAUAAUGAUUGCCGAUCCGUUAAUAUUGAAGAUACUUCAUGA